AUGCUGCCACGUGUCAUCCAUGCGUGUUUCCGCCAGCUGGCAGUGGGCGCCAAGGUGGACUUGCCGGUGUGGAUGGUGCCGGCGCUAGCGAAGCGAAACAUGGUGUCGGCCUUGGAGCCCAGGAUGUUCGGCGAGAGGGUGCGGGACAAGACGCUCACGCGCUUCCUGUUCACCACCUUUGUGGAGCGCUACGCUGACCUGCUCACACGCGCGUUUGUGCUCCCAGAGAAAGAGGUGCCUCGCGUGCGCCGCCUGCUGCCCAAGGAAGAGCAGCAAUGUGCGUGA